UUUGCAGAUAAAGCACUCCCAUAUCGAAAACGCAAACCUUGGGCUAUUAUCGAAAGUUUUUAAUUUAUUAGUCUGAGGAUAUCAAGCAAAGGUGUGCAAGCAUAUAAAGUUGACAGAAUGUUAGCAGAGAUCAUGUCAAGAUGGGAGUCAGCAGAGGAGAGAGUUGAAUUACUUGCACGAAUCCUCAUCAUCUAUGGGUUUGUGACACUGUUGAUCCAAGCCAUAAUGAAAGCACCAUAUGGACGCUAUGCAUCAUCUGGCUAUGGUUUUGGAAUUAAUGCCAAGUUGGCCUGGUUCAUUCAAGAGAGCCCUUCUUUCUUCACUCCAUGGAUUCUCCUCUUCAUUAGCAAGAGAAGCCAUGUGCCUUUCGGAAACAAAAUCCUUCUGCUCAUGUUUACUUCGCAUUAUUUUCAAAGAUCUUUCAUCUAUCCAUAUCUGAUGAAGAAGAGCAAAGAUUCUCCCUUUUUUAUUGUACUGAGUGCUCUGGGCUUCUGUCUCUUCAAUGGCUACCUACAAGGAUUUUAUUUGGUGGAAGAAGCAGUAUAUCAUGUUACUGACCUCAUUUGUUUGAGGUUUAUUUUUGGACUGGCAUUGUUCAUUGCUGGAAUAUCCAUCAACAUUCAUUCAGACCACCUCCUUAGAAGGCUGCGAGUCCCUGGAGAUACUGGUUACCGAAUCCCAAGGGGAGGAGCUUUCGAUUAUGUCUCAGCUGGCAACUACUUUGGAGAAAUUGUAGAAUGGUGGGGUUUUGCUCUUGCUUCAGGCAGCCUCCCAGCUGUAGCAUUUGCAUUGUUCACUUCCUGCUUCCUCAUUCCCCGUGGUGUUCAGCAUCACAAGUUCUACUUGGAGAAGUUUGAAGACUACCCAAGGAAUCGAAAUGCUGUGAUACCCUACAUCAUCUGAAUUUUUUUGCUUUCAAGUUGGGAUAAUGAGCUUCGUGGAGGUUGUGAAAGUCACAGACAGGGUGAAUAUGGGAUCUCACUACACUUCAUGACAGGAAUGACAGUGACUGAGUGGUCUUCUCAUUGCAGAGACAGGGUGUUGGGACAAAACUUGUUCUUGCUAUAAGGAGUUCAGCUUUCUGCAGUGAUGAGUGACCACCCACUGAUGCCAAAGAACCAUUUUGCCUCAGAUAAAAAAAUAAAAGCACUCCUGUACCUUGGGGGCAUUAGCUCAGGGCCUCAUUCUGGGUAUAUCAGGUGGGUGACCCACCAUUCAGCACUGUUGGAAAUGGAAGAAUGGGCAAGAGCAGAUUUUUUCCAACAGUCCAUUCCUCCUCUCCCCCCCCUCCUCCCAAGAAUUCUUUGGUACACCCCUUGAUUGCUGCACUGACAGUAUUGCACUAAUCAUUUUUAUAUGAACUUCUCUCAGUUUGGUGCUUAAACUGCCAAAUCCAGUGGAACUAUUGGAACUGCCAGAUAUAUUUAAUUCCAAUUGCAAUGAACAAAAUGGAGGUUUCCAGUGAUAUUACUGGCCACUCCAGGCCAACUCUUCCAUGAUAUAUUUUUUCAUUUAACUAUAGUUCUGCGGGCUUUCAGCUCAUACUAAGCUGUGGUCUAAUGAUACUUUGUCAACUUCUAUUUUUGCAUAAAAAAUGUGCAGCUCCACGUGGAAUGCUAUGUUUCUGAUAUAUAUGGUCAGCUAAACACAAACUAACCAUUGGUGACAUUCAGAAGAUGUAUUACAUAUGCAGGGGAUUUCUGUAUGCAUACAAAGGGAAAAAUAAAGGGAUCAUCCAAAUA